AUGGCGUUGCCAGUGGCCGCCUUGGCGGGCGCAGUCGCGAUGCUCGUGGCAUCGGUGGCAGUUGUCAUGAUGGCCAUCAGGUUCCUGCUCGCCACGUGCUGCUUGGCCGCUGCCAGGACCCUGAGCCAGGCGCGGUAUCUCGUGGACAACCGCGAGCUGAAUGCGCAGAACCCUGGCAUCGCGUGUCGGGCCAGCAAGAACAUGAGCGACAGGAUGGACGAAGAGGUGCUGUGGGGAAACGUUGUCACCGGCGUCGACGAGGGCGAUGGCUGGCUGAGGCUGAUGGAGCGCUAUCUCCCGAUGGUGCUGGACGGGCAGCCCGCGCUCGUGCCUGCAGCCAAUGGUCCAGACCUGGAGGACGGCCGCGAUCGUGAGUACAUAGUGGACAACACCAGCUGUGACUCCCAGGAGGCGGGCCUCUACUUCUGCAGGCGCAAAGACCUUUCCGACAGGAUGCCAGAGAUGGUCAGGUGGGGCGAGCUCGUCAUGGGCGUGGACCAGGGCGACGGCUGGCUGUACAUGAAGCCCAGGUUCUUGCCGAUGAGGCUGCAGGGCGUGACCGUCCUGUCGCCGUUCGAGGAGAACGCCCAGUAG